CCCCUUGUGUUAGGGUGGGGGUUCGGUCAGUUCUGUUUGAACCGAACCGAACUGGUAUACCCCGAUUUUACGAACCACAACAUCCCUCAACCGAAUUCAAACCGAGUUAUAAUUCGGUUUGGUUUGGCCGAACCGAAUUAUAGUUCGGUUUGAUUUUAUACUCCAAACUGAAAAAUGUAUGCUCUGUCCAUUUUUGUGCUUUUGUUCUGUCUUCUGGUCGCUGGGCCAGAUGAGAGGGGAUUCUUUUAUUCUUUACCCUCUCCCUUUCUCUCGCCUCACCCCACCAACACAACCUUUCCCCAAUAUUCUUCUUCUUUACUUUUCUCUCUCACUCUCUCGCCCAGCAAACAAGCUUCCCAUUCCAAUUUCCCAUCCAAAUCCCAUUGCUCCUCACAUAGUCUGAUAUUACCGCUCUAUCUCCUCUCCCUCAAAUCUGUUAUUCUCGUUUUAUCCUGGUGGGUCAACACCAUCGAUGGAGGAACGACUUCCCUCUCCGCAUCUACCCCUCUCUCCGCCUGUCUCCCGCUGCCGACACUAUCUCCCUCAUCUCUGCUUCUCGCUCUCUCUGAAGAAUCCACAGAAGACGUCGAAUCAGGUGUGGAAUAGACUUUGCAUGUCAGGGAGCUCUUCUCCUCUUUCGUCGUGGUGUCUGCAUGAAGGAGAAGAUGGCGGUGCGAUGGCCGAUCUGAUGGCGGACGGCUAGGAGGUGGCGGCUUCUAUUUUGAGAGGAUGGGUGGCGACUGCUGUGAUGUGAGGUUAUGGUUUGGAGAGGAUGGGGUUGGCUGUGGGCUAGAGAGUUUCAGUGGGCUGGGUUUCAGUGGCCUAAAGAUUGGUUGUGGGUGUUUUAGUAGGCUGUGGGCUAUAUUUCGGUUUUCGGUUCGGAAUUCGGAAUUCCGGUUUCGGUUGAGAGCCUCCUGGUUUCCGAAGUAACCAGUUUCCUCUUCCGAAUUCCGAACCGAACAUCAAUAUCUUGGUUUUGAUUCGGUCAACUUCGAUUUCGAUUCGGGUCGGUUUGGUUUACCGAACCGGAUGCCCACCCCUACCUUGUGUGAACUGGAACCCAAUUAUAGAACCCUAAUCCUAAAUCGCUUCGCUUUUACGUUUUACCCCAUUUCCCCUUCUAUUCUCAUUUCUCCUUAGUAGUAGCUAUGUACCACGAGUCUCCCCUGCUGCCCAGCUCUCGAGCUCCCUUGUCAGUGUUGCCUACUACUCGGUUCCCCUUCGCCUUUGCUUGUUCAGUAAGUCGAAAUUGCCAGAGAAUUCCAUCGGAAUUGAUACUGGGGCAACUUUGCUGACAAACAAGCAAUUGUGUGAAUUUUCCCAAACGACUAACUUUCGCUGAACCGAAUCAUAAACAGUCAAAGCGUGAGAAUCCAUUUCAAUCCUCACCCUCUUUGCUCAUCCGCCGCCGCUGCCAUUGCCUUUGGCUGCUCUCUCUCACCGAGCUGUCACCAAUGAAUCCACCGCUUUGUUACGAUAAUCAGCCAAGCUGAUAAUAGUUAGAUCAGUUAGUCAACUACCAUAAUGACAUAUCAGAUUCAUGGAGAUAGAUUUUCAUUAAUGGCUCCCUCAGUUUGCUUUCAGUUGGUGAGAAUUGGUGGUCUAACAUACUAAAUGGUCAUAAAACGGAUAACCUGCGGUCACGGUAAACCGACCGAAAAACUGCCCGAAGUCGCUUCUCACGGUAUUUCGGUAAUACCGGUUUGUAACCGUUUACUGGUAAUUCGGUAAUCGGUAUCGGUAAUCGGUAACUAAUUUGGCCAACUUCGGUAUACCGAAACCGGUAAAUUCGGUAAACAAUUUACCGUUUACCGACCGAAUCCCACACCUAGUUAAUUGGCAAGGGUUAUCGGUUCAGACUUUGAUACACAUUUUCAGAUUUGGUGGUUCAUCGAAUUCGAACCAUUAACAUUCGUACUCCAUGCAAUGAAAAUGCAGGAAAAGGGCGGGCUACCACUCCCAGCAGCGAAGCCCAAUCUCAAUGAGUAACAGGCGAACAUCACGGUGGGCUGACUACAGCGAAAUCAAGUUGAAUAAUAAUUAUAUGAACGACUAGGCCCUGUUGGAAAAGAAAAUGUCAACCCAUGGACCCAACCAGUAAAAUGCUUUGGGAUUGAAACAUUGAUUGACCGUAAAGUUAGGAGGAGAUUCCAUCCUAAUUCCUAAAUAUGACUGUCCAGUGGAUGUGAGAUCCAAAUGAUGUUUGCACUUGCAUAAUUAAAGACAGAGGAAGAGAGCUUGAACCGGAGCAAGCUGUAGCUUCUAAAUGUUAAUAAAUGUUGUAAUAUCUC